AACCGAAUCGAACAAGACAGACAUGUCUGGUAAAGGUGAGAAAGGUGAUGAAGAUAUAGAGCUUACACCGGCAGGAGAAGAAAAGAAGGAACCGAAGCAACGAAAGUCGUCAUGGGCCAAGCUACGCCAUGUUGAUUCUUUCAACGCGGAGGCCGGUAGAAUAUUAUCAGCACUUCAGGGCCAUAACACCAAGAAGGGUUGGAUGACAACGGUGAGUUUAGCAUUUCAGACUAUAGGAGUAGUGUAUGGAGACAUCGGAACUUCUCCGUUAUACACAUUCGCCGGAAUUUUCCCAGAAGGCAUUGACCAGCAGGAACACCUACUCGGAGCUCUCUCCCUCAUCCUCUACUCCAUAAUUCUCAUGCCCUUUUGCAAGUAUACAUUUGUAGUUUUGAAUGCAAAUGACAAUGGAGAAGGCGGAACAUUCGCGCUCUAUUCUUUGUUAUGCCGACAUAUCAAAAUGAGCUUACUUCCAAAUCAACAACCGGAGGAUCGAGAACUGUCGAACUACAAGCUGGAAACAUCAUCCAGCCAGAUGAAACGAGCACAUUAUAUUAGAGGAAAGUUGGAGAACAGUCAAGCUGCUAAAGUUGCUCUUUUUCUAUUCACUAUCCUUGGCGUUUCAAUGGUUAUGGGAGAUGGGAUUUUGACUCCAUCCAUGUCAGUUCUUUCCGCAGUUGGUGGUAUUGAAGCCUUGGGACAAGAUGCUGUGGUGUGGAUUUCAGUAGCAAUUCUGUUCAUCCUUUUCUACGCUCAACGAUUUGGAACUGACAAAGUGGGAUUUUCGUUCGCCCCAAUCUUAACCGUGUGGUUCUUAUUACUCGUCGGCAUCGGUUUUUACAAUCUCAACAGAUAUGGUUGGAGCGUAUUACGCGCGUUUAAUCCGUAUUACAUGGUGGCUUACUUCAGAGGACGCGCCCAGCAGGCGUGGAUAUCUCUCGGUGGAGUAGUUCUUUCAACUACAGGGACGGAAGCCAUGUUUGCCGAUCUCGGUCACUUCAGUGUUCGAGCAAUUCAACUGAGUUUCUCUUGCGUGGUCUUGCCGGCAUUACUGGUUGCAUACUGCGGCCAAGCCGCCUACCUCUCCCAAAACCCUUAUGAUGUUCUGGACACUUUCUACAAAUCAAUUCCAGAUCCGAUUUAUUGGCCGACAUUCGUGGUGGCUGUUCUCGCUGCAAUUAUUGCAAGCCAGGCUAUGAUAUCUGGUGUUUUUUCAAUCAUCACUCAGUCGUUGUCAGUCGGGUGUUUUCCGAGAGUUAAGGUGGUUCACACAUCGGAGAAGUACGAAGGUCAGGUUUAUAUACCGGACGUCAACUACAUUAUAAUGAUUUUAUGCAUUUUGGUCACCAUUGUGUUCAGAAGCACAGAUAAGAUCGGCCACGCAUACGGAAUUGCUGUGGUGGCUGUAAUGUUCAUCUCGACAUGCAUGGUGUCACUUAUCAUGCUCGUAGUGUGGAAGACGAACAUAUUGUUUAUCAUCUUCUUCUUCGGGCUGUUUGCCUUUAUAGAGCUUACGUAUCUCUCGUCUGUGCUGUCUAAAUUUGUUCAGGGAGGAUACCUUCCACUAGCCUAUGCCAUGGUCAUGAUGUCGAUCAUGGGGAUAUGGCAUUACGCGUACAAGAAACGGUACGAGUUCGAGCUCAAGAACAAGGUUUCGAGUGAUUACAUCAAGCAACUAGCCCGAGAUCCGAGGAUAAAUCGGGUGCCAGGGGUGGGACUUUUGUACUCGGAGCUGGUCCAUGGCAUACCUCCCAUAUUUCCUCAUUUCAUCUCCUCCAUCCCCUCGGUCCAUUCCGUUCUAAUCUUCGUCUCGAUCAAGAAGCUCCCGAUUUGCAAGAUAGCACCGGAGGAACGCUUCCUCUUCCGAUACGUGGAACCGAGAGAGUACCGGAUGUACCGAUGCAUCGUGCGGUACGGCUACAUGGAUGUAACGGGAACCAACAAGGAGUUCGAGCAACAACUGUUGGAGAACUUGAAGGACUUCAUUCGUAACGAGUACUUCAUGACACACGGAAGGACCGCCGAGGACACGACAACCGGUGAAGGAAGUAGCCAGAUAUCGGUUGUAGAGGAGGAGAUUCGAUUCAUCGAGAGAGCCGUCGAUGAAGGAAUCAUUUACCUACUAGGAGAAACAAAAGUGAUGGCAAAACAAAAUGCUUCAAUCUUCAAGAAACUGGUUGUGGAUUACAUUUAUACUUUUCUAAGGAAUAAUUUCAGGCAAGGGGAGACCGAGAUGAUGGUACCGCACACCAGGCUGUUAAGGGUCGGCAUGACAUUCGAAAUUUAGAACAGACGUUUGACGAGGAGAUGGGCAGUUUUCAG